GCACAAGCAGCGCGCUUGACCAGCGCAGUCGGGCUACGUUUAGAAAGGCGGCCAUCUUGCGAUCCCUAAUCAAAGAUCCACGGCAAGCGGGGUAUCGCUGUCUGGUUUGUCAGGCCAGUUAAUAUCAACACACAGUUCGUCAAAUGGCUUUAAAGCGAAUUAAUAAGGAACUUCAGGAUCUUGGUAGAGAUCCGCCAGCACAAUGCUCGGCUGGACCUGUAGGAGAUGAUUUAUUCCACUGGCAAGCAACAAUCAUGGGACCACCUGACAGUCCGUAUCAAGGAGGGGUAUUUUUCUUAACAAUACACUUUCCAACAGAUUACCCAUUUAAACCACCUAAGGUGGCGUUUACGACUAGAAUCUAUCAUCCUAAUAUCAACAGUAAUGGAAGUAUUUGUUUGGAUAUUCUACGAUCUCAAUGGUCUCCCGCACUCACUAUAUCGAAGGUGUUACUGUCAAUAUGCUCCUUGCUGUGCGAUCCAAAUCCAGAUGACCCAUUGGUACCAGAGAUAGCCAGGAUAUACAAAACCGACAGGGAGAAGUACAAUGAAUUGGCGCGUGAAUGGACGCGCAAGUAUGCCAUGUGAUGCGCCAAUCUCCAUUGACUUCAACAUCCAAACACCACCAAGAAACAGCCCCAGCCUAUUGCCACUUACGCAUCAGCACCGAUUGAAAUUAGCUAUGGCUCGUAUACUUUUAAACUUAAGCCAGUAUUCGGGCCCGAGGAAUCCUCAGGCAAACGUGAUCGAUCUGAACUUCUCGCGGUUCAGGAAGUCCGCGGAUAGUUUAAAACGUUGCCGAAAUGGCAAUCGAGGCAAUUUUGAAGGUGGUCACCCUGCAUUAUAUAUAAAGAAUCAGACACAUCCGCUUUGUUUUUCAUAAAAAAAAAUGGAAGUAACAUAUAGGAGAGUGAAAGUAGGAUUUGUAUUUGAAUCUAAUAGAUUGGUUUCUAAUUAUUGUGCUUGUAAUAAUUGUAACAUUACGAUACUACCUACUUUCUCAGUGAAAAUGAAAACUUUGAACUGACAGCACAUCGAUUGUUAGUUUUAACGCAAGUGAGCAAUGUUUGCCCGUCCCUUGAAACGAUGUGGUCACUCUUUUGUAAGACUGGGCUAUAUAUAUAUAUAAAUAUUACUGAAACUGUACGUGUAUGCUUUGUUCAAUUAUUAAAAUUCCUUAUACCUGACAAAUUCUACGAGUAACUCGAAAUCUGUGCUUUUGGUUCCUGUGUGUGUGUGUAGUAAUUUAAUUAUGCAUAUCGUUAAUCGGCAAGUGGCAACCGUGCAACUUUAAGUAAUCGGAAGUAUCUGCGAAACGCUGGAUUGUUGAUACGUGGAGUAUGGAGCCUGCAGUUUCGCGGGUCAUGAUGAGGAUUCGUCAUGUAAUUGUUGCGAAAACGUGCAAAUCGCUCGUGGCAUUCUUUUCGAAAGAAAAGCAAUCAGAGAGGUCGAUUUUAUCGAUAAGUGAUAUAAGGGAAAGCACAAUUCCGAUUAUUUAAAUUUAUAUACGGAUCGCAUUAUAUAAAUUAGGCGACAAAUAUGUCAACGGCGCGAGGAGAUCGCCACUGGAUCGCUAAAACCUCGGCGACUCGUCUCGUAUCAUAGUGCAUGAUUGCACGUUAUUAAGUUUGUGCGUCGUGUUCUGCGAAUCAGGAAUUCGCACAGCUCGUCGUCCAUCGCGACGCUAUUUUAUUCGCAUCAAUACUUUUACUACAGUUUUGCGUACAGAUGUUUCUUUAAGCAGCUUUUUUUAUUAUUUAAUAAAACCAGGUGUUUUUCCUUUCAUCCACAAUAUAAACGCGCGUAGUUGCUACGCGCGACCGUACUGUCCACUACUGGACGAACGAUAGACUUAAAUCUGUUAUUUAAACGUUGCGAUUACAAUAUUGUAUACCCGAUAUAUUGUGGCUGUAAGGGUAAGACGAUGUGAUUACAUAUUAUUUCUUAAAAAUCUAGAUAUUAUAUUACAAAAUGAACAAAAUGUGUCGUUAAAUUGCGAAAUGUCAUUCAACGUGAAAUAGUUCGUUUAAGACUAUAUGAAACUCUACAUAAUUGCACUGUUUGAUGGUGCUAGCAGUGUGUUUUGGCUUCUAAUUAUAGAUAAAUAAAAUCUGAUACGUCAUUUAAAAAGGAAAAUACGAUUACUUAAUUAGUCCAUAAGUAAAAACGAUUCUGUCUUGCGAACCGAGUGUGAAGCGCGCGUUUGAGCGAAAAACGUCUCGAUGUAAUCGGUGCUUGAAAUACGGCAAGAGCUGAUGGGGCGGCUAAAGGAACCUAGAGAAGACAAAUCGAUUAGUAUGUAAUGCGGCGGCCCGCUGUUUACGCCGACCUUGUCUCACACGACCGUGUAUCUGCUGUAAUUUAAUUACGAGUAAACGCGUCGACUCUGGUAUUUAAAAGUUAUAGCCCUCGAAAAGAAAAAAAAAACAAUUGAUCAUCGUUCACUCUCUAGUAGAAGAUGACUAUUCAUGUGUAUAAUUAAUUAUUACUACCGCAAUAAUGAACAUUUUUAAUAACU